AUGAUAGACAUAAGUAUGUACGGAAAUCAUUCAUCGCACACCAGUGGUUUUCAGAACAGUGAUCUUGGGGCCGGUGGUUAUCCCUAUUUUACAGCCGGUCACCAUCAUCAUCACCAUUAUCACCAACACCAAAGGCAAGCCAAUGUCCAACCGCUUCAGCACUCCAACGCUACUAGUGUAGGCAAUACAACAUCUGUGAAUAAUGCCACCAGUAACACCGCAGUGACCUCUAACAGCACCACCAGUAACAGUUCUAAUCCGCCCACGGCCAAUGUCCAUCAGACCUCCUCCUAUGCUCACACAUCUCACUUAUACAGUCCGUCCGCGAUCGAAUACGGCAUCACUACCUCUAGCUCUCCGACGACCGAUUUAUACUUUGAAGGCGAUAGCCAGGGCGCUAUUUACUACGGUCCAGGGCAGCCGACCCCGACGGCUCCGUUUCCGGAAAACCGCAUCAUUAGUGCGGAUAAUGGUCUGAGCUACACUAACCUGGAUUAUGCGAUGUAUCACCAAACACAGGAUUGCGCAGAUUCUAAUUUUCUGGCGCAUCAUCACGAUUCCAAAUUGCAUCUGCAUCGCUAUGGAGCCUUCGCCGGAGCUAUAACGGACGAUGCUACCGGUGCCAGUGAGCACAACCACCAUACCCAUCUUCACCAACAUCCGCAUAUGUCACAUCCGCACAACCCCACAAUCUCCCCUAGUGGUGUGAACGGUGCUGCUACCGGUUGGGGACAGGUAUACUCCGAUACCAUUUCUCAACCGCAUCAACAUCAGCAUCUUCAGCAGUCCCAUAAUCAGCACUCGGUAGCCCAGUGCAGCCCUAACGUUUCUACAUCCGCAGCAAUGAUUGACUCGCCACAAGUAUUGCUUAACGCGAGUACAUCCGACGAUGGGGACAGUAACGGUGCUGUAGGCAACAAUUUCUCCCACCACCACCAGCAACACCACCAUCAUCACCCUCACCCUCAUCAUCAUCACCAUCAUGCUGCAGUAUUGCAGCAAAACAUGCAUACUCAGCAGCAACAGCAACUGCAUUCGGCGAAUCAGCAAUCGCAACAGCAUCAGCAGCUGCAACAGCAACAACAUGCUCAUCAGCAACAAAACCAACAGAAUGCACCUACCUACAAGUGGAUGCAAGUUAAACGAAACGUGCCAAAGCCUCCAAUGACCAAGCCUGUACAAUUAGCAACAUCGCCGGAAUAUCAUAUUCCUGCCCAUGUGCUCGAUCCUCUACGAGUUCCUAACCACACGACUGUUGCUCCCAGUACUGUUUCACCUCACCAGACAAAUUUUCUGAUGAACAAUAACAGUACAGGUCGAACGAAUUUCACCAACAAACAGUUAACGGAGCUGGAAAAGGAAUUUCACUUUAACAAAUACCUGACACGGGCAAGGCGAAUAGAAAUAGCAAAUGCUUUACAUCUGAACGAAACACAAGUGAAAAUCUGGUUCCAAAAUCGACGCAUGAAACAAAAGAAGCGCGUUAAGGAAGGCCUGGUGCCGCCGGAAGUGCAAGGCCAAUCUCCAAAACACUCCUCUUCCAUGAUAAACACCAACGAUUCCUCAUCGGCCAGCUCAACGACAGCAUCGAACACGGUGGUGGCAACUGCUUCCGGUACCUCCAACACUACAACCUUAAAUGAAAGCAAUGAAAACAGCCGUGAAUCCACUACCAUUUAA